AUCCUCAUAGAACAGGGAAAAAGAUGAAGGAAGCGGUGCCGGCGGCUACCGGAGUAGGAAUGGGAGGAAAAAGCGAGAGCGAGAAAGAGAAGACGAAGCUGAGGGAGAGGCAGAGGCGGUCCGUCACCGCCAAAAUCCUUCACGGCCUCAGGAAGCACGGCGGCUACCGCCUCUCCCCCCGCGCCGACAUCAACGAAGUCCUCCGCCACCUCGCCCGUGAAGCAGGCUGGAUUGUCCUCCCCGACGGCACCACCUAUCGCUCCCAAGUUUCUGGUCACUGCCCACUCUGCGGCGCCGCAACGCCAACUAGCAGCAUCGUAGGAGGCGGAGACUGUUCGACCGCAGCAUCACCUCGAUAUCUCCCCGUGGGAGAGUCUCCGGAGGGCGUUUAUUUUCCCGCUGACGCAUACAGCGGCGGAAGAGGUUAUUCUGGCGGGUCCGGUAGCGGCGGCGCGCCUUCAUCGUCUCAGGGCCUGAUUUACGACCGUGAGAAUCCCUUUGCCCUUUACAUGUGCGGGCUUGCAGGAAGUGGUAGCCGUUCCUCGGCCUCUGUUGCCGCAGUGGACAGAGGAUCGUCAGAGCUGACGGUGGCGUAUCAACAGCAGCAAGCGUGGUUGCAGGAGGCGAGAGCGUCGAAUCAUUGCACUCCCGUGGCCGUGGGUUCACCUUCACCCCAGCGUCGUGCUUGAGGGCUGAGGGUGCUGCACCUUUGGGCCCACUUUUCUUAUUUCCCAUUUUUGGGCUUUAUUCUUUUUAUCCGUUGCUUUAAAAUGUUAGAAAUGUGUACACAUGGCAGAAAGAUAGCAUUGGGCUCAUGCGACAAGUAAUGGUAAAAUGAAACCCAUUUUGUUGGACGGAAAAUCAACUCUUAAGGUUCUUAAUUAAGAUCUAUUAUUUAAU